AUGCUGAGAGCUUCGGAAGCCGCCGAGAUCAAGUGGGAAGGAGUGACGCAAAAAGAUGGGAUGAUUGAGGUACACGUGGAGAAGGCCAAGAAUGACCAGUUGAGACUAGAACGAUCAUCGUUCUUCAACUAUGAUCCAGGAAGUGACGCGGAUAUUCUCAUGUGUAGAUGGAGGAUUCACUCAAGAGAAAAGUGCCCGUACGUUUUCUCGAAUCUUGAUGGCUCAAAGAAACUGACGAAAUCGUCGAUCUCUGCACUAGCCACUAAGAUGCUGGCGGCAAUUGGGAAAUCUGGAGCCACCCAUCACGCUUUCCGGAGAGGAGGAGCGAAUCACAUGAGGGCGACAGGAUAUUCAAUGGAGGAGAUUCAAGCAAGAGGGAGAUGGAGAUCGCUGGCAGGUCUACAACGAUACAUCAAGGAUGUGCCGAGAGCCCAAGGAUGCCUGCAUCCCCAAGAGAAUGGACAGAAAAACAUAUUCUCUUGGAGCGUAGAGGAAAGAGAAUUUCUAUUUCGCACAGCUAUCACUUUAUAA